ACUAUUAGCUCAACCUCUGCCACACAAACAAAGAAAACAAAAUCCAAAAUUGAAAAAGAGAGGGAGAGAAAGUUUGUCCCUCUGCUAAAAAACCAUUAUCAAUGGCAUUUGGUCUCAAAUUCCUUCCCUUGCCAUCAAUACCCCCAUCUUCUCCACAUACAAUUAUCCAUUCACCUAAUUACAACUUAUCAUUAACCAAUUUUCCUUAUUCUGCGACUCAUCGGCACCUCAAUUUUCAGUCAACUAGUAGUCGUUUUCGCGUCCUGUGCCGAUAUAAUCACAGCGCAGAAGAAGAAGAAAAUACAUAUAGCUUUGAUGAAGCAGUUGGUCUCUUCAACAGGAGAGAAUACUACAAGUGCCAUGACUUGCUUGAAGCUCUUUGGAUCAAAGCUGAAGAUCCCAACAGAACUCUUCUUCAUGGGAUUCUGCAAUGUGCCGUUGGCUUUCAUCAUCUCUUUAACCAGAACCAUAAAGGAGCAAUGCUGGAGCUGGGAGAGGGAGUUUGUAAGCUUAGAAAGAUGAAUUUUGAGAGCGGACCGUUUCAUCAGUUUGAGCAAGACAUUUCUGCUGUUCUUGAAUUUAUUUAUCAAACUCAGAUUGAACUGGCUGCUUGUACAGAUGAUCUGUGUAUAGCUAUGGAUAGAUCAGAGAGAUCAUACCAACUUCUUGGGGGCUAUGGUGCUGGACAGCUUUUGUAUACUCUAGAAAUUGAUCCCAUGAAUGGUCUUUUUAUUGUCUUUUGUCCUCAGAGAUCUUAUGCUUCUGCUGACCCACCCAGAGUAAAGCUUCCUACCCUCCAGGCUACCCAAGAUCAUCUUAUGUCCUAUGGCUCCUCAACUUAUGUUUGAUGAGAUGUAAUAAAAUGUCAUGUAAUAUAUUAAAUGUAUUUCGUUGAAAAUAUAUUUGAUUACAGGUCACCAAACACAGACACAUAUAUAUACACACACAAUUGCCUCAACAUCUUGUAAAUAAUUUGACUAAAUGUCAUAUGGAUUUAUUUUUUAGCUUGAUUGUAUAACAUAUUGAAAGAUUAAUGUGAUAUUUGUUUUUAAUCCCUUA